AUGAGGGGCAAUAAAAGGACAACAAAAGAAAAAUCCAGUGAUUUGAAAUUCCAGAACUCCACUCUGCCAAAAAACAGAUGGCUGCCCUUUGCUGUGGACUCUCGUGCCCCACCCUUGGUGCAUGAGAAAGCCACUGAGGUUUUGGAAAGGAAAUUCGCUGCAGCCCCGGAUGUGACCGAAUACCACAGUGAGGAUGAGUAUGAGGACCCCGAGCUCCAGAUGGUGGACGUGUGGCCAUCACUGAAAAUUCUGCCCGCCAGGCCUAUCAAGGAGUCCGAGUACGCAGAUACGCGCUGCUUCAAGCRUGUGAUGGACACUUCUCCUCCGCUUCACGCCAAGGCCUCUUUGCCCUCUCUGGGGCCAUCCUGGAACAUGUGGACGAGGCUGGAAGAAAACAACAAAUGUAAUUUCCAUUUCUCCUUCAUUUCACAGACUCCUUUGCCRCCUCCUCGGCCUCCCGCCACUCUCCCGAAGCAGCACCAGCCCCUGCCCCGGGCACCGGCACCAGAGAGCAGUGCACCUCUCCCUCAGAGACACACCUCUCCAGAAGCCCAGGGAGGGCCCAGACAGAUAAGCUUAAAGGACUUACGUGGGGUCCUUGAAGCAGAAGAAGUUUCCCAUGACAAGAUGAGGCCAGCAUCAUCCCAGCCAUCGCAAAGCCGAAUCACGCGGAAGAUUCCUCUUGCCCUGACCAGCUCUUCAUUUGUGCGAAGCCACAACAAUCUGCAAGACAGAGAUGGUGAGGGCAGCAUGCAGGCCUGCUCUGCCCAGAGAUGCCAGUCCCCUGCCAGCCACGGCCCUCCUGGAAACACACUGCCCCAUCCAGACACAAGCCGGAGAGAACCUUUUCCAGCCCCAUCUGAUGAGAAGGAAGUCCGGCACAACGAGUGGUACGUUGGACAGUACAGUCGCCAGGCCGUAGAAGAGGCGUUAAUGAAGGAGAACAAGGAUGGUACUUUCUUGGUCCGAGACCAUUCCACAAAAUCCAAGGCAGAGCCCUAUGUUCUGGUGGUGUUUUAUGGGAACAAAGUCUACAAUGUGAAAAUCCGCUUCCUGGAGAAGAGUCAGCAGUUCGCACUGGGGACCGGGCUCCGAGGAGAUGAGAAGUUUGAUUCCGUGGAAGACAUCAUUGAAUACUACCAGUAUUUUCCUAUUACACUCAUCGAUGGCAAAGAUAAAACCGGARUCCACAGAGAGCAAUGCUACCUCACCCAGCCACUAACCCUCCCUGGACACUUCCCGCCUGGCUAG